GAUGGCGCCUUUCCCCAUCUGGACACUUUGGGAAUGAAUUAUGAAGAAGCCAGCUCCUAGGAAUCGAGGAGAAGGAGGGAGCCUGCAGGAGUCGUCUGCAAACAGCUAUUUCUGCUCUUGGCGGGGAGGAGAGAGUGGUGUCCAGAGACUGGGCUUCUCCAUCCAGCCUGAAUGGACCAUCUCUUCUCUUCGGAGAUCUCAUCAAAGACCUUCCCUGAACAGCCCAGCCAUGCAGAUUCGGGCUCGGGUUGCCUGGAGUCCUUCAACUACAAGGCCGAGCGGCGGGAUCUUGCUCCAUUUUCCUCUACAGAUGAGAGGAGCGAGAGAGAGAAGCCCCCAGCCGAUGACUCCGAGGGAGGGGCCCUGGACAUGUGCUGCAGCGAGAGGCUGCCGGGUCUCCCCCAGCCGGUAGUGAUGGAGGCACUGGACCAGGCCGAAGGGCUCAUGGACUCGCCCAGAGAGAUGCCUCCGCCCCUGCCGCCUUCACCGCCCUCGGAGCCCGCUCAGAAGCCGCCACCUCAAGGCGCCGGGAGCCACUCCCUCCAUGUCAGGAGCAGCCUGUGCCUGUUGGCUGCCUCGCAGUUCCUGCUUGCCUGCGGGGUGAUCUGGCUCAGCGGCUAUGGCCCCAUCUGGUCACAGAAUGCCACAGACUUCCUCUCCUCCUUGUUCUCACUCCUGGAACAGCUGGGACCCACGGCCUGGCUGGGUGUUGGGACCUGGGAAGUCCCCAGUCUGCUGCUGGUUACUCUGUCUGUGAUCCUCAUUACCACCCUGGCAUGGCACCUCCUAAGGGCCCCCCCAGAGCCACCCACCGCACCGCCCCCUGAGGACAGGCGCCAGUCAGUGAGCCGCCAGCCCUCCUUCACCUACUCCGAGUGGAUGGAAGAGAAGGCCGAGGAUGACUUCCUGGACUUGGACCCCGUCCCUGAGACUCCUGUGUUUGACUGUGUGAUGGACAUCAAGCCCGAGGCCGACCCUGCCUCGCUGACUGUCAAGUCCAUGGGUCUACAGGAAAGGAGGGGCUCCAACGUCUCCCUGACCCUGGACAUGUGCACACCGGGCUGCAAUGAGGAGGGCUUUGGUUACCUCAUGUCCCCACGAGAGGAGUCAGCCCGGGAGUACCUGCUCAGCGCCUCCCGGGUCCUGCAGGCCGAGGAGCUUCACGAGAAGGCCCUGGACCCCUUCCUGCUGCAGGCAGAGUUCUUUGAAAUCCCCAUGAACUUUGUGGAUCCAAAGGAGUAUGACAUCCCUGGGCUGGUGCGGAAGAACCGGUAUAAAACCAUCCUUCCCAACCCCCACAGCAGAGUGUGUCUGACCUCACCAGACCCUGAAGACCCUCUGAGUUCUUACAUCAAUGCCAACUACAUCCGGGGCUAUGGUGGGGAGGAGAAGGUGUACAUCGCCACUCAGGGACCCAUCGUCAGCACGGUUGGGGACUUCUGGCGCAUGGUGUGGCAGGAGCACACGCCCAUCAUCGUCAUGAUCACCAACAUCGAGGAGAUGAACGAGAAGUGCACUGAGUAUUGGCCGGAGGAGCAGGUGGUAUACGACGGUGUGGAGAUCAUCGUGCAGAAAGUCAUUCACACUGAGGAUUACCGGCUGCGACUCAUCUCCCUCAGGAGCGGGACUGAAGAGCGAGGCCUGAAACAUUACUGGUUCACGUCCUGGCCCGACCAGAAAACCCCAGACCGGGCGCCCCCACUCCUGCACCUGGUGCGGGAGGUGGAGGAGGCAGCCCAGCAGGAGGGGCCGCGCUGUGCCCCCAUCAUCGUCCACUGCAGCGCGGGGAUCGGCAGGACGGGUUGCUUCAUUGCCACCAGCAUCUGCUGCCAGCAGCUGAGGCAUGAGGGAGUGGUGGACAUCCUUAAGACCACGUGCCAGCUCCGCCAGGACAGAGGCGGCAUGAUCCAGACAUGCGAGCAAUACCAGUUCGUGCACCAUGUCAUGAGCCUCUACGAGAAGCAGCUGUCCCGCCAGGCCCCAGAGUGAUGGCACUCCUGCCCUGAGGUCCUCUGGGCACCACUCAACCUGAGUCUGGGCCCCCACCCUGGCCGCGUGCAGAGCCCUGCCUUGGGCCUGGCCUGCCCCCCCAUCCCUGCCCCUCCUGCUUCCUUCUCUUCAGUCUGCUCCCUCCUUCCCUCCCUUCCU